CACGGCAGCGGGGGCACUGACUGGCUGCAGAAGCAGGCUCCAAAGGCAGUCAUGGCGGCGCCGUUAGCCCACUUCGAUGAGGACUGGCAGGAUUUUAACGAAUUCAAGCCGUCCUCGGAGUCAGCCGAACAGCUGGACCAGCUGAAUUCGAAUGUGGGCGAUCCAUCGGGCCUAGACGACUUGUCCGACCUGGACAACAGUUUCUCGGGGGAGAUCUGCAGCUUCAAGUCGAUGGAGGACCUGGUCCACGACUUCGACGAAAAGCUGACAGUGUGUUUCCGAAACUACAACACUACGACAGAAAACAUAGCUCCCGUUAAACCCAUCACGGAGGAUAACUUCUUAAAAGACGACGAGGUGUGGAACGCUCUGACUAACAACUACGGCAACGUGAUGCCUGUGGACUGGAAGACUUCUUACACUCGCUCCCUGCACCUGCCUGCCCUCAAACUCACUGAGCACGAGGGACAGAACGUGGACAACCAGUCGUUAGAUCUGUCAGAUGACGACGAGGAGCUGAGGGAACAAUUGGACAUGCACUCGAUCAUCGUGUCGUGCAUCAACGACGAGCCCCUCUUCACUGCUGAACAGGUCAUUGAGGAAAUAGAAGAGAUGAUGCAGGAGUCUCCCGACGACGACGAGAGUCCCUCGCAGUCCGACUUGUCCGUGUUGUCUCAGGACCUCGGUGCUUUGAAACGCUCCGGCUCCAACACGAGCUGUGAGGAACGUUUGCGUCAGCUGUCGAUGUCGGAGCUCAACCAGACUCUGGAGGAAGUGGAGGCAGCCAUCCGCCGCUACAGCGAGGAGCUGAUCAGGGCUCUGGCUCUGAGAGACGAGCUGGACUUUGAAAAGGAG